AUGGCUGAUUUGGAAAAGAAGGAGACCGUACCGAGUCAAGAAGGCGUCUUGACACCACCUUCGCCAUCGUCAGAGCCGUCAGACAAGGAAAAAGCUGUUGACACUCAGAUACUCAACGGGGCUCAAGAUGCUGAUCCGCCACGAACUAUCCACGGUGUCAAGUGGUUCCUCGUAAUUUGCGCCCUCCUCUCCGCUUUAUUCCUCUACGCCUUAGACAACACUGUUGUCGCCAAUGUCCAAGCAAAAGUCGUCCAGACAUACCACCGCGUCGAUCUCGUUCCAUGGCUUGGUGUUUCGUUCGCAUUGGCUUCAGCGGCCACGACUCUUCCCUGGUCGAAAGCAUACGGAACCUUUUCGGCUAAGAAGUUAUAUCUUGGGUCUACGACUGUGUUCAUGGCCGCCUCCGCGCUCUGCGGCGCCGCUCCCGACAUCAACUCCUUCAUUGUCGGUCGCGCAAUCGCGGGUGCGGGUGGUUGCGGAAUGUACAUGGGACUCCUCACACUGUUGUCAGUGACUACCACUAAUGUCGAACGCCCCAAAUAUCUGAGUCUUACCGGAUUCAUCUGGGGCAUUGGUACUGUCCUCGGUCCCGUGGUUGGAGGUGCCAUCAGCGAGAGCAAAGCCACUUGGCGUUGGGCUUUCUAUCUGAACCUCCUGGUCGGUGCUGUCGUGGGACCAAUCUACAUCAUCCUACUUCCAGACUUCAAACCGCAAACUGGCGUGCCUCUCAAUCAACGCUUGGCGCAAAUCGAUUACGUUGGUACCGUUCUGUCCAUUGGUGCUAUGCUCUGCGUUAUCAUGGCCAUGAACUUUGGCGGGGUUCUUUGGGAUUGGAACGAGGGCGAAAGCAUUGGUUUGUUUGUGGCAGCGGGUGUUUUGAUUAUUCUCUUCGUCUUGCAGCAAGUCUACUUCAUUGGCACAUCGCGAGAGAAUCGUCUGUUUCCCAUGCAUUUCUGGAAGAGCCGAACCAUGAUUUGUCUUUUCUUCACAAUGAUGCUUGCGACUUUCGGAAGUUUCAUUGGCAUCUUUUACCUGCCGCUGUAUUAUCAAUUUACCCGCGGAAUCUCGGCAGUUGAGACCUCCGUCCAUCUCUUACCUUUCAUCCUAUUUCUAGUAGCCUUCAAUCUACUCAAUGGGCAAUUUAUGGGACGUACUGGAUACUACUACCCAUGGUACAUCGCCGGUUCAGCUCUCGAACUUAUCGGCGGCGUUCUUCUCUACAUCGUCGAUGAACACACCUCAAAUGCUAAGAUUUACGGAUACACCAUCAUCCUAGGCACAGGCGUCGGCUGUUUCUGCCAAGCUGGAUUCGCUGUUGCCCAGAUGAAGGUUCAACCGAACGAGAUCCCUUACAGUGUUGGGUUCAUGACUGUUGGUCAAAUGAUCGGCAUCGUCCUCGGCACGGGCAUGUCAGGAGCGCUUUUUGUCAACUAUGGCCAACGUGCACUGGCGCAAGUGUUCCCUGAUGUCUCCGCCGACGUGAUCUCCGACGCCCUCGCAGGCGUGGGUAGCGGCUUGAUCGACUCGGCCUCACCCGAGGUGAGAGCUGAGGCAAUCCAUGGCAUCACUCGAGCAAUUCAAUUGGCUUAUGUGCCAAUCAUUGCUGCUGGAGCAAUUUGCUUGGUGUGCAGUAUUUUCAUGCGCAGGGAAAAGGUCUUCUGA